AUGACCCGUAGGGGUCCCUGUACUUUUGAAACGUCUCAAAAGGCUGCAGCAAGUGGCGAGCAGCAUGCGGUGGUGGGCGUGCGUGGACGUCUCAAAAGGCUGCAGCGAGUGGCGAGCAGUCUAAGAGCGGUGCUGCUGCAGCUGCUGUCAGGCCGCAUUUCCGUCCCUGCUCUCCUCCCCAUCCCUGCCCCCCCUUCUUCCCACCCAUCCCUGCUCCCCCUUCUUCCCACCCAUCCCUGCUCCGCCUCUUCGCCCGCUCCCACCAGUCUGGGAGUGGUGCUGCUGCAGCUGCUCUCAGGCCGCAUCUCCGACGCUUCAGGGAAGACCAUGCCCGAGUUUUUCAGAGAGGCUGUGAGUAUUGAGGGUGAGAGGAUUUGA